UCAUAUUAAAAUCACCCUUUUAUGCUUUGUUUAAGCCUUUUGGGUGGUUAUAGGAGCAACAUAAAGGUGAACAGCUAUAGAUAAUUUUAACUCUUGUGAAAAAGACACAAAAGAAAAGGUUAACUAAGAAAAUUUGGUCUCCUCUUUCUGGUCUUUUCAUCCUCUAUAUUCAACACAUCUAACAAACAUUAUCAUCAAUGGUCUAUUCUUUAUUUAUUAAUUUCAAACAACACUCUUUUUUCUCAAUUUUUCAUCAUAGAAUUUCAGGUACAUUCACAUUUGGUUGCUAUUAAAUAUUAUUACUUUUAUUAUUUAAUAAGAUAUGUGUUUUUAUACAUGUUCAUACCUUAAAGGUCUUUCUUCUAUAAUCUAAAGGUGUGACCUUAGAAGUAUUUGUUUGACAAGAAAAUUCUCUCUUCUUACUCUUUCUUCUCUCAGAGCCUUCCAGCUUCUUUCCUUAUAAAGUUAUCCAAAAUUUCUUCCAUUUAUUUAUAUUUAGAAAAAACAUAAUUUGUUGUCUGUUUUUUAACCAAAUUCUCAAUUGGGUAUUCUUCAAUUUUUUGUAUAUAGUUCCUGAGAUUGUUGUUUGUCCUCAAUAUCUUAUUUUUAUGUAAUAUAAAGUUUGAUUUUUAGUGGGUAUUUUGCAUUCAAAAGUUUCUUUCUUGGUGCUCAUAAUUUGAUUUUGUUGCAUCUUUGAUCUUAGAACAUAGCAAAUUUAGGAAAUACUAUAUUUUUUUGAUCUGGGUCUUACUGAUUCCUAUUUUUCUUGCAUUUUAUUGACAAAAUCUCAAUUGGGUUUAUUCAAAUUUUCAAUUUUGUUUAUGGGAUUAUCAAUUUAUCAAUAGUAUUGUAUGAAAGUUGUUUUCUUGGAGAGGUUUCUUAUAGAAAUAUCAAAAAUGAACUGUUUUUCUUUCAAGAAAAAGAGUUACAAACAAAAUAAAGCAAAUUCAGCCCCUGAAUUGAGGAAACAAACUACAGCAAAUACUCCAGAAAAUAGGGUAUCAAAAUCUGCAAAUUCAGCUUCAUCAUCAAGAAGUAUUCCAGAAUUGUACAAGGAAAGGCAGCAUAAUUUGAGGGUUUUUACUUAUGAGGAGCUUGCAGAAGCUACUAAUGGAUUCAAUAAGCUGUUAAAGAUUGGAGAGGGUGGUUUUGGGAGUGUUUAUAAAGGUACACUUAAGCCUCUAAAAGGAAAGGGUAAUCCUACUGUGGUUGCUAUUAAGAAGCUUAAUAGAUAUGGCAUGCAGGGUCACAAAGAAUUCCUUACAGAAGUUCAAUUCCUUGGUGUUGUUGAUCAUCAAAAACUGGUUAAGCUUUUGGGAUACUGUGCUGUAGAUGGAGAAAGAGGAAUUCAGAGGCUGUUGGUGUAUGAAUACAUGCGAAAUAAGAGUUUAGAACACCAUCUUUUCGGGCGAAAUAUGGCUCCUCUACCUUGGAUAACAAGAUUAAAGAUUAUGUUGGAUGCAGCUGAAGGAUUGGAUUAUCUGCACACAGGAAUGGAAGUUCAGGUGAUAUUUAGAGACUUCAAGUCUUCUAACAUUCUAUUGGACGAGAAUAUGAAUGCCAAGUUAUCUGAUUUCGGGAUGGCUAGAGAAGGUCCGACAGGGGAUAAUACUCAUGUAUCAACAGCUCCAGUGGGAACUUAUGGAUAUGCCGCCCCAGAAUACGUCGAGUCGGGCCAUCUCAAGGAAAAGAGCGACAUUUACACCUUUGGUGUGGUACUUUACGAGAUCUUGACAGGCAGACGGUCAAUAGAGAGAAAUCGUCCACCUGCAGAACAGAAACUAAUAGAAUGGGUGAAGCAAUUCCCGGCUGACAGCAGGAUGUUCAACAUGAUCAUGGACUUGCGCCUUCGAAAUCAGUACCCGUUAAAUACUGCAAGAAAACUAGCCAAGUUAGCAGAUCGAUGUCUGAUGAAAAACGAAAGAGAACGACCCGAUAUGAGCGAGAUAAUCGAGGUGUUGAAGGGAGCUAUACUCGAAUCGGAGGAAAACGCUUCUAGGGUAAACAACCCACAAUCAACUGGAGCUUAAUGAUGUAAAUUACUCCCAAGUAUAUUAGUUAAGAGUUAUAGCGAAUGAAUGAAUGGUUUUGCAGUCUGUUUUUUAUGUUGCAAAUGUUUGGCUUGAGAGCUGAAUAUUUUUUUCGAGAUCUAUUUUUCGUUGUCUGGUUUAACAAGCGAUUUAAAAUGGAAAAUUAAGGUGGGAUUAUAAACA